ACAAACUUUGUUGCUCACAAAAUUUUUACUGAUGUUUAAAUAAUUUUGCAAAAGUAUUGAAAAAAUCGAGUAGUUAUUUUGUAAAUAUUUUGUAAAAAUGUCUAAAAAUUAUGGACCUGGACCUGGAGCCUAUAUGCUGCCCAGCAGCUUUGGACAAAAAGGACCUCAGUUUUCUUUUGGCCGCAGAAUUGAUCGGAGGAAGCACGAGAAGCUUGGUCCUGGCCCAGCUGCUUAUAAGGUGGAUAAGGUGACCCGAUACGGCAACUCGGUGGGCCCCCAGUUCUCCAUAUUGGUUGGGAGUUCCAGGAUCAAGGCACUUCCCGUCAGAUUCGCUUAAAGUGUGGAAUCUGAUGCCUUUUAAGUAAACGUUUCUGCCAGGAAGUCCUUGUGAUAGUAAACUCUAAUUAGGCUUUAUGUACCAAUAGUUUUAUUAUGCAGGAAUUAUUUCAGAACUAUUUAGCAGAUUAAGUGAGCUCUAGCAGAUAAAUAUAUCAUGAUGGUGCCACAUCUUACUUUGUUAGCCGCAUCAAUUGCAAGUGGCUAAUUGUUUUGAAAUUAAAUAACAGAUUUUAUGAACCCUUA